AUGCAUUUUAUUCCGCAGACGCCAGUUUAUGAAGAUGCCAACUCAAGCUCUGACGCGUCAACUAUCUAUAGCUCCCACAGCUCUCCAGUGAGCAGCCACCAGAAUGGCGCUAUAUCUGAAUCUGGCCUUGGCCCUCCUAUUUGGAGCAAUGGAGAGGACGCUGUGAAGUUGUCAAAUGCUACCAGUAAGAAGGCAGUGGCCAGUGAAACCAGUCUUGCGGCUUUGCCGAGUCCGCCAUUAUCAGACUGUGAGCUGGAGACUGAGAUUGCGGACGCAGUCCUUGAAGCCCCGAUUACUGUGAAUCCGGCCAAGUCAAACUUGGAGACUGAUAAGAAGUUAGCCAAAAGGCUAAAUCUUGAUGCUGACUGGAUGGGCACUUCCCAAGUGUAUGCCACACAAGCAGCAUAUACACAAGCAUCUAAUUGGCGUAAGGCCCUCCUCGACGACCUCACCAGGUCACCAUAUGACCCAUCCAUAUACGUUGAUCUCAGUAGCGUAGAUUGCAAACUGGGUUAUACAGACAUAUGUGUCGCAAAUGCAUAUAGGGCCCUUUUGCUUGUACAAGCUGGCUCGGACACCGCCCAGAUCACUUCUCUCCCAAGCCUCGCCAAUGAUGUCCGUACAGCCAUCCAAUUUAGACUUCGAACCGCAUCCAGCUUGAUCAUUGCGGAAGAGCUCAAGGAGAUUAGGCUACAAGCCAGCCAACUUCUUUUGGAUGGGUUGAAGGGCUGCAGUGCUUCUUGGGAUGGGCUUCAAGAGGCUAAAAAGGCACUGAAGGAGUUCCCUGGCGAUCCCGAAUUGCUCGAACUUAAGAAGGAGCUGCUAGAAGACUUCAAGACGGCCCACCAAGAGCUCGUUGCAGCGGGUUGUAAACCUAAGAAUGUCCGGGAACUGACGAGAAGCGGCAAGAUCUUUCAGAAGAGAUAUCCGUGGGUAGAUGAAAGCCUCUUCUGGCGCACACCAGCUCUGGUGAGAGAUGUUAAUAAGGAGUUUGGUGAGAAUGCUCAAGUCAGAUCAGUCGUUUGGGGCCCCGAGGGAAUCUCCCCGACGAAACGAGUUAAGAGGGAGGGCGAAGAUGUCGGACCGCUUGGGAUCUUUGCAACCCGUGAUAUCAAGGAAGAUGAGGUUAUUCUUGUGGAUAGGACCCUCCUUGGUAUCUCAGAUGCUCGGUCGAACCAACUCGAUUGGUGUGAUGGCUGCAAUGCCUCUCUCCGCAUGCCGUAUCUCAACCCAAAAGACGUCCAUCACCCAGAUUGCUGUAAAAGUGUGGCAUAUUGUAGCCAAGAGUGCCAUAAUAAUGCCAUUGAUGGGUACCACUCGUUGCUCUGCGGGAAGGAAUUUGAUUGGGUCUAUACAUCAAGUUUGAUUGGAGCAUUGGGGGAAAAUGGCGAGUACGGCUCCCGCUGGAGGCCUAUCAUGUUUAAACGUCUUAUAGCCAUUGUCCUGAGCGAUAUGAAAUCCUCUUCGUCUGCAAUUACUCACCCACUGCAGCACCCCUUAGUCGCAAGAAUGGCAGCCAACUACCCACAUCCUGAUAUAUUAACACCUGAGUCGGCCCACCACUGGCAGUUCUUCGAAAAUGUCGUGGCACCAACGCAAAUCCUGCUACAGCUUGGCAUUGACGUCUUCUCCUCGCAAAUCUUCACCCAGGAGGUCAUCCAGACCAUUUACUGGCGAGUCGAGAACAACGCAAACAUGGCAUCCACUGAGCUCACUUACUCCACCCCCGCAGGUCCAGUUCAAGGCGAGAAAGUCAAUCAAGUGAACGUGAAUCCGAAUUAUCUGUUCUUCAACCACUCCUGCAUGCCUAAUGUCACAUGGCAUGGCGGCGCGGUCCCCGAUUCUAACGCAACUGAAAUAUCUUGGCUGCGCACUGGCACUGCUGAGGGAGAAGUUGAGAAGCCUGGGUCGAGCAGCGUGAUCUGCAUUGCAGAUCGAGAUAUUAAGAAGGGAGAAGAGUUGAAGAUAUCUUAUGUGGGCGAUCCGUUGGGAUUGGGAGAGGAAGGUGGCUAUUGGGAGGGAGUGAGUAGGGCGGGGAAGAGGGAGUGGAUGUUGAAGUGGUUUGAUGAUGGGUGUGGAUGUGAGGUUUGCGAGAAGGAGAAUGAGGAUGCGAGGAAGAAGGCGGUGGUGGCGGCAGCGGAGGAGAAUGUUUGA